GAUAUGUUGGAAAAACCUCAAAACUACAUUUCCCUUCCCACUAAUGGCGAUUUGAAUGUCUUGAAAGGGGAGCUUUUUUCCCCAAUCGAUGAUCUCAACUGAAGUUUCCUCUGUCAGCUUCACGUAGAGGCUGAAGAAACUCCUCGAAAAUGAAAAAAGUAUCGUCGAGGUUGAGCUUCGUUGAAGUCCUCGGCGGGAAACAUCAACUGGAACGUAAUAACAUUUAGGUCCCGACAAUGCGGCUCAAACAAAGCAGGCAGUGAUUUGUGGUCUCUGUGGUUUUCUGUGCUGCUCCUGCUCAGCCAGGGCUGGGUCCCGUUACACUGGGUGAGUCGGCGGCUCACCAAUAUGUCUAUGGAGGAGCAGGAAUAUCCCGAAGCGGUACUGGUGACAGAGGCCGGGCCGCAGUGGCUUCAAGUGGAGGUCGAGCGUCUCAGCCGGGAGCUCCGUGAGACGACCCAUGAGAAGAUCCAGGCGGCCGAGUACGGGCUGGCGGUGCUGGAGGAGAAGCAGCACCUCAAACAGCGAUUUGAUGAGUUGGAGACAGAAUACGAGACGGUCAAACAUGAGCUGGAUCAGCUGAAGGAGGCUUUUGGACAUGCUUACUCAGCCCACAGGAAGGUGGCAGCAGAUGGGGAAAGCAGGGAAGAGUCUCUGAUGCUGGAGUCAGCCAGUCAGGAGGCUCUCUACCAGGAGAAGGUCCUUGAGCUGCAGAAUGACCUCCGGCAGGCCAAAGGUUCCCUCACCAGCGUACAAGCUGAAAAUGAUCGCCUGUCAUCUGUUGCCCUGGAGAUAAGAGAGGGUUCAGAGCUGGCGGAGCUGCAGCGGGGUCAGCUGCGUGAUGACCUGAGAGAGUGUGAGGUACGGGAGGCUCGUCUGCUGCAGGACUACAGCGAGCUGGAGGACGAGAAUAUCACUCUUCAGAAACAAGUCUCUGUGCUGAGACAGAACCAGGUGGAGUUUGAAGGUCUAAAGCAUGAGAUCCGGCGUCUGGAGGAGGACUCUCUGUGCCUUCACAGCCAGCUGGAGGAAGCCAUGCGUCUGAGAGAAAUCGCCGAACGACAGCUGACUGAGGCCUUAGAAACGAUUAAAACCGAGCGUGAGCAGAAGGCCACUCUUCGAAAGGAGCUCUCCCACUAUAUGACCAUCGGCGGCUCCUUGUACAGCAGCCCUUUCAACAUCUCCAUCGACAACCUAAAGCUGCACGAUGAUCACUCCAUCUUCUAUGAGCCAGACAACGACGAUCUGAUCAGAGGCUUUGAAAAUGGCUUGGCCAAGAUGGCAGAGUGUGAGGAAGACAACAGAGGGAACAAGAGAGAGGCUUUCAAGCCGGCUCCCGGCCUGGUGGACGACCUGCUGACCGAGCUCAACAUCUCUGAGAUCCAGAAACUCAAACAACAGCUUAUGCAGGUGGAGCGAGAGAAAUCAUCCCUGAUCAACUCUCUCCAGGAGAACCAGAAGCACCUGGAGCAGGCCUAUGGGACUGUGUCUGAGCAAAAGGAAACAGUCAACAAGCUGACUGAGAACCUCACUGCCAUGAGGAAGCUACAGGCCAGUAAGGAGCGCCAUUCUGCUCUGGACAGUGAAAAAGACCGGGACAGCCACGAUGACGGAGACUACUACGAGCUGGACAUCAACGGGCCGGAGAUCCUGCAGUGUAAAUACACAGUGGCUGUGUCUGAAGCUGGGGAGCUGAGGCAGGAACUGAAAACGCUGCGGUCCAAGUACGAGGAGUGUCGAACACAGUAUGAGGAGGAGCGCUCGCGGUUGGAUAGCGACGUCCAUGACCUCAGGUCGAAGUUGGCGUCCCUGGAGAAGAUCAGCCAGGCGGAUCAAGCGGAUGUGACUCGUCUGGAGAAGGAGCUGCGUCUGGUCAGCACGUCGGCAGGAGAAUCACUCGGCAGCCUUAACGUGGCGCAGGAUGAGCUCAUAACGUUCAGUGAGGAGCUGGCCAAUCUCUACAACCAUGUGUGUAUGUGCAACAACGAGACGCCCAACCGCGUCAUGCUGGACUACUACAAGGAAGGCAAGGCCAUAGUGAGAAGAGGUAAAGAAGGGAAGGAGCACCAGUCUUCCAUACUUCUCACCAACGGGCUGAUCACUGAGUCUGAAUCUGAAAACUCCAGCAGCACCACAGUCACAUCCGCCCCAGAGCACCGGCCAGAACCCAUGAACGUGUAUAACCUGGUGGCCAUCAUCAGGGACCAGAUCCUCCACCUGCAGCAGGCGGUGGACCGCACCAUGGAGCUGUCCCGUCAAAGAAUUGCAAACCUGGAGCGGAGCACAGUGGCAGACAAGGACAAAGAGGCUUGCAUUGGAGAGAUCCUCAAACUGAAGUCCCUGCUGAGCACCAAAAGGGAACAGAUUGCCACUCUCAGAGCUGUGCUGAAGGCCAACAAACAGACGGCUGAGGGUGCGCUGGCCAACCUGAAGAGUAAGUAUGAGAGCGAGAAGGGCAUGGUGACGGAGACGAUCAUGAAGCUCCGCAAUGAACUCAAGGCUCUGAAAGAAGAUGCCGCCAUGUUCUCAUCUCUUCGAGCCAUGUUCGCUACAAGGUGUGAUGAGUAUGUGAUCCAGUUGGAUGACAUGCAGAGGCAGCUGAUUGCUGCUGAGGAUGAGAAGAAGACUCUGAACUCUUUGUUACGUAUGGCGAUCCAGCAGAAACUGGCCUUAACCCAGCGCCUGGAGGACUUGGAGUUUGACCAUGAGCAAGCCCGCCGCAGCAGCGCCACAGCCGGAGGAGGCAAGGGCAAAGCAAAGGGAACCUCUGCCAGCAAACAUUAAAUCAAUCAUGCCAAGUGUCCUUAAGGAGCUCCGUCAGGCUGUCUGUGACAGUCUCCAGUCACCUGGUUCCUUCACUCUCUAAUCAUGCUCCAAAUCAUGUUAAUGUUAACACUAGAACAUAUACAUCAGUCAUUGCCAAGGGCCUUGUUUUAGAGUGCCAAAACCAGUGUGUUUAAAUCAGUUGAACAUUAAGAGAGAAUGACUCGUCGCAUCAGCGGUCCUCUGCAGUCUUCCAACAAUAUGCACCACUAUUAUUAUUGAACCAUAGAAAGCAUCAGCGCAGGCCUUUGCUGAUCUCUCAUUGCCAAUGUUACCAUGACUGUGCACUUUUUCGCUUUGCCUACCCAUAGCUGAUUCCUCUAUCUUUCUAAAAAUCAUACUAAUUAUUUGAAAUAUUAUACAUUCAUUUUUUUACCAGAUGUGCAUGUUCAUCUACCAGGUGAUAUUUUUAAGUGGUUCAACAUAUUUGUUAUCCUUAUUUAUUUCAUAGCAACACAUUGAGAGAUAAUGUGGUAACUGCUUUUAAACCAGAAUCUAACAAGAGGGACAAAAACACUUUUCUGCCUUAGUUGUUUUCCUUUUGGCCUUAAAUGUAUGGGUGCGUUUCUGACAACCCAUAUAAACACUUUCUAGGUAUUCAAGAUAAUUGAUAACCUUUGUUCCUGUUUAUCUGAUAAAAAGAAAUAUGAAAUAUAUUAUUUUCACUAAAGACGAUCCUGCAAAUAUGGAACUUCAGUUUCAGGGUAUUACUACAUGUUGUGUGCUUGUCCUUUGUAGACAUGGCAAAGCUGUUACAAAUUCAGUAUGCUUGUUACGACUAAGAAAGAGUAUUAAUGCAAAGCUUAUUUAAAAAUGUCUAAGUUAAGGUCAGAUGUUGAAAGUAUUCAUUAACUUUAUUCAUGAAGGAGAGUUUUAAUCUUAUUGUUUUAAUACACCUUUGUUUAAAACAUCUAGGUCCUUAUAUCUGCAAACAAGCCUGCAAUGCCAUUUUGUGUCUGUUUCUAUGAGUGCAAUUUGCAAACAUGGCAAGAAAAAAACAACUAAAUGUUUGUGCUAUGUAAACAUUUUAAACACAUUGUUGCUCACAUACUUGGUCCUAAUUGUUUUUUUUAUAUGAUUUUACUAUAUCUGCAAUUGUAUUUAUUUGACACUGUUCAGACAACAGGAUGCCAUUAUCCUCUUUCUUUCAUAAGGGAGUCAAGAGUAAAAGUGGCUGGUCAGAAUAUUGAUCAUUGAAGACUGAACGUGGGGUAAAACACUAGCAAAAUGUUUGACUGUGGGUUACUGCUAACAGUUAUGGAUGGUGAAAUAAUAAAUUUACUUUAAAAGUGUAAUUUUGGUUCAUUAUCAUGCAAGCAUAAUGUUACUCAUCCAAUUGUCAUUUUUAAUAAAGCUUAAUUCUUUCACUGUU